AUGAUUCUCUCUCAUCAGUCCCUGCCAACAUUCCCCGCCAUCAUUCCCUGCCAACAUUCCACGCCAUCAGUCCCUGCCAACAUUCCCCGCCAUCAUUCCCUGUCAUUAUUCCCUGCCAACAUUCUCUCUCAUCAUUCCCAGCCAUUAUUCCCCACCAUCAUUCCCUGUCAUGAUUCUCUCUCAUCAUUCCCUGCCAACAUUCCCCACCAUCAUUCCCUGCCAACAUUCUCUCUCAUCAUUCCCAGCCAUUAUUCCCCACCAUCAUUCCCUGUCAUGAUUCUCUCUCAUCAUUCCCUGCCAACAUUCCCCACCAUCAUUCCCUGUCAUGAUUCUCUCUCAUCAUUCCACGCCAUCAGUCCCUGCCAACAUUCCCCGCCAUCAUUUCCUGUCAUCAUUCCCCACCAUCAUUCCCUGCCAACAUUCUCUCUCAUCAUUCCCUGCCAACAUUCCCCACCAUCAUUCCCUGUCAUGAUUCUCUCUCAUCAUUCCACGCCAUCAGUCCCUGCCAACAUUCCCCGCCAUCAUUCCCUGCCAACAUUCUCUCUCAUCAUUCCCUGCCAACAUUCCCAGCCAUCAUUCCCUGCCAACAUUCUCUCUCAUCAUUCCACGCCAACAUUCCCCGCCAUCAUUCCCUGCCAACAUUCUCUCUCAUCAUUCCCUGCCAACAUUCCCCACCAUCAUUCCCUGUCAUGA